GUCUCUCGCCCCUAUAUACACAUACCACGCAGCCAAUUAGCUUCAUUUGUCAAUGUGGCGGGCUUUUGCGCGAUUGCUACCCAGAGCAUUAGAGUGUGGGCCAGGAGUGGUGCAACAACAACAACUAACGCUGACGCAGCAUUUGCCACAUUCGAACGCGAGCGAUUUCUGCAGAACGUAUUACCGCAACACACACAACCUCCUCGAACCCAUCAUCAUGACCAGCAGUGCGAAGCCAAAGGUUGUGUUCGUUCUAGGUGGCCCCGGGGCUGGCAAGGGCACGCAAUGCUCCAAAAUCGUGGACCGUUUCCUCUUCACGCACCUGUCCGCGGGCGACCUACUGAGGGAGGAGCGUUCGCGCGAGGGUUCAGAGUUUGGCACGCUAAUCGAGGAUUACAUACGUAACGGGAAAAUUGUGCCCGUAGAGGUCACGUGUUCGCUGCUGGAAAACGCCAUGAAGAACUCGGGUAAAUCGCUCUUCCUCAUCGACGGCUUCCCACGCAACCAGGACAAUCUGGACGGCUGGAAUCGUCAGAUGUCCGAAAAGGUAGACAUGCAAUUCGUUCUCUUCUUCGACUGCGACGAGGAGGUGUGUGUCAAGCGCUGUUUGACCCGUGGACAGGGCGGCUCUGGACGCUCUGACGAUAAUCUGGAGAGUCUGAAGAAGCGCAUACAGACGUACAACAACGAUUCGUUGCCCAUUAUCAAGUACUUUGAUGGCGCCGGCCAGGUUAAGAAGAUCGAUGCCAGUCCCGAUGCCGAUCAGGUCUUCAGGGAGGUGGAGCGAACGUUCCUGUCCAGCGGCUUCUAGAUGCGAUGCGAUGCGAUGCCCCCUCCAAUCCAAGUGAAAUGUUAUCUCUUCAGCUCAUUGUUUAAUUAUUUUAUGUGUGUGUUUAGCCUUAUCUUUAAUGUAGCAAUGCUAUCCUCUAUUCCCCACCCCCCCUGUAAAAAAUAUAUAUACGCUUGUUAUUGUAAUUUAA